ACAUCAUCCAUCGAUCUGCUCGACAGACCUGAAGAAAAUAGUUUCUGCCUCUCUUGAGUGAGAGAUGUCUGCAGCUCUGACUCUGCUUCUCAUUGGUUCUCUGCUGCAAGGUGCCCUGUGUGGAGAGUUUAAGGCAUUUAUGCCGCAGAAUAUAGAAGUUCUUAGUGGAUCCUGUGUGACCAUCCCCUGCUCCUUUGACAUAGAGGAUAGAUAUAAAUUAGACUUAGAUAAAACAUGUAGAGCAUUAUGGAAAAUUGAUGUGAACACAGUUGUGUUUGACAGCAGUCAUCCACAAACAUCUACGAUAAAAGGAAAACUGAUAGGAGACUUGAAGAAAAAAGACUGCACCACAACCCUGAACAACAUGCAACCUGCUCACAACAAUGACUAUUACUAUUACUUCAGGUUGGAAUGCAGCAAUAAACUGAUAUAUAAUUUUUGGGACAAAAGAAUCUCUUUUUCAGUCAAAGAUGUUCCUCCCAGACCGACUCUGACUCCGUCAGCACUGAAGGUGGAGGAGGGAACCUCAGUGAAUUUGACGUGCUCUGCUCCAGCUCCCUGUCUGUCUCAUCCUCCAACUCUGACAUGGACCAAAGGCCUGGGUGACGGUGUGGAGACACUGCAGGAGAAUCGGGACAAAACUAAAGUCAUGACCUCUGUUGUGACCUUCACUGCCUCUCAAAAGCAUCAUGGAGAGACGAUCUCCUGUACGGCCAUCUACAACAAACAAGAUGGCAGCACUGCGUCAGCUGUUAGUGAAAGUCUAACAGCUCAUAUUUCAUAUUCCCCCAAACGCACAUCAGUGUCAGUACAUCCCUCUGGUCCAGUACCAGAGGGCAGUAAUGUGACUCUGACAUGCAGUAGUACUGCUAACCCACCAGUAAAGAACUACACCUGGUACAGAGCUGAUGGAGCACAGGAGACUUUUAUUGGGACCGGACAUGUUUUAAUCAUCAAAGCAUUUAAAGACGACAGACCUUUUUUCUGCAAGGCUGAAAAUGAUAUUGGAGCUGGACAAUCCAACCUUAGUCUAGUAGAUGUUCAAUUCGAGCCACAGAUCCUGUCCUCAUCUGACUGCUUCAAAGCUGCAGACCAGCUCAACUGUUCCUGCAGGACUGAGGGAAAUCCUCUUCCCACUAUACUCUGGUAUUUGGACGGGUUACCUGUCAAUCACUCUGACAACUUUUUAAUAAGCACAGAGCGUCGAAAUGACACAGGUCUGUGGAGCAUCAUCACUGUGAAUGGACCACGGGAGAGGGAUCCGUCCACCUUGCUCUGCCGCAGCUCCAACUCUCUGGGAUCUGCCAGUCAACGUUUUUGUGUCAAAACAUCUGCUCAAAGUCAAGACCGAUUGAUGCCAGUUUUCAUCACCGCAGUUGGCUUUCUUCUGUUACUAGUAUGUUUUCUGCUGUUUGUUAUCAGGGCUCAGAAGACUCACCAUAACCUUCUGAAGAGUCAGCUUACCGGUGACAGCAGCAGAGUUACUAUGAGCCAUCUUCUAACAAGUGCAGAGGGAAAUGAGGUACCAAACGCAACAGAAGAGGACAUUUAUGUCAACAACAAUGAAGUGACUUGCGCGGAUGUCGCCCACCCUUCAUCUACCUCUGAGCCGAACAGCACCACCCUGCCGAGCUCUGGACCAAACAAUGCGGAACGAGCCAGAAAAAGCUCAGAGAAGACGGAUGAGGAAGGCAAAGAUGUGAUUUACUCUAAUUUGAACUGGAAGGCCAAGAGCAAUAAGAAGAAGGCAGAAGACUCGAAGGACAUGCAUCAGCCUGGCAGCUCCUAUCUGGAGGAGGAGAUGUGCAUGGCGGGAGGCAGGCGCAGUGGUUUUGUGAGCAACGCACUGGAGAUGGGAAGUAUGUAUGAUAACUUUGAGCCCCAAAAUGUGGUGAAAGAGGUGGAAAGUGAAUAUGCUCAGGUUAAAUUCAAAGACAAGAGUGCUAUACUUGAAUAGACGAAUGUUCUGUAUUGCCAUGUCGAGUUUUUAAAAAUAUUUUUAAGAAUGUCUUCCUCUCUUAAAGGUCAUGUUUUCUUGUUUGUCAGCUAUAACAUGGACAUUUUGAUAAACGGUAUUAUGUUCCUUUGUUUUUAAAUUCAUGGGGGUUUUAAGAUCUUGACAUUAUUUUUGUCAGAGAAGAUAACAACAAUGCAUAAUAACAAUGAUAAUAAUGUUGAUGAACAGUUUUCCCAGUUUCAGCUGUGUUAAUGCAUGAUAAUAAAAUACUAUAUAUUCACCUUUAUUUUUUACUCAUAUAAUGAUGUUGGCAAGUGUAAAUUGAAGGAGAGGCUCUGUUGUUUCACAUGUAUUUGGCAAUGUGACCAGUUUUGUUUAUUGUUAACAUUUAUUUUUUGUUUAAACUGUAGCUUUUUAAACACAAAGAAAGUGCAAUCUUCAAUAUGUAUUUUUGCAAAAGUAAAAGUCUAGUAAAGUCUUCUUUAGGACCAUGUCGUGUAUAUAUUCUUUCAAAGCCAAACGCUUCAAAUCAAUCUUCAAUUUUGUAGUCAAUACAUCUUUUAAAGCUUUCCCUUGCUACUGUGUUUCAAACAUGUACUAUACAACAAGUGGUGUGAAGUGUCUUGUAUGCCAGAUUUUAGAAACAGGAAGAGAGAGCCUCUCUUUCAGUCUCUUCGUUCAGGGAGACUGCUUUAGAUGAGCUCAGCAAGUUUCCUGUUUGAAACUGAAUAGAACCGAGGGGGGG